CUCAUCAUCAUACCCCACAAUAAUAUUCCUAUCUGUUCCCAUGAUCCCAAUGGGAAAUGAAAUGAUCAAUCUUUGUUAGAUGUAAGAUUGCAACAGGGCUCGAGUCGUUCGAGUCUCGACGCUUGUUUAUAAGCUCGAGCGUCAAACCUCUUCAUUGAGACGAGUACACACCCUUAAGAAGUGUAGCAAUUUCUGACUUUUUUCGUCUCAGAAGCUGCACUAAUCUGUUCGGUACAGUUUCUCUUUAGUUUACGGGCCAGAGACAACUUCAAAAAGCUAAAAAUAAGAUUUUCUUACAAGCUUUUUGGUUCUUGUUUUGAUGCUUUUGCUUCUGAUCUUUUGAUGAUUUUGUAGCUUUUUCGAUCUUUUGCAAUGAUCAGCAUUUAUAACCCCACCUUAUCUUCCCAUGUAGAAAAAUGGCUUGAAAAUUUAAAAGCUAAUCAUAUCCUUCCGGGAAUCUGAGGUUUUCGGUCGGUACAAUAAAGGCAAUGAGAUGAUAUGCUGAUGGCUUUUCUUUAGAUUUUUAUCAUAUGGUACACAUUGACUAAUCCUUUGUUUCCUUUCAUUGUCAUCUUCGUGUUUUCUUGUUCUUUGGUGCGGGACUGCUGAAUUUGAUUUUCUCCUGACCGGAAAAUGGAGGACGUGUUUUCAGGCCUAGGCAACAGCACAAAGUUUGAUAACAAGGUUUUGCAGACGUUUCGGAAGAGUUUUGUUCAAGUUCAAAACAUACUGGAUCAGAACAGGCUGUUGAUCAGUGAGAUAAACCAGAACCAUGAGUCCAAGGUCCCAGAUAACCUCGGUAGAAAUGCGGGUCUGAUUAGGGAGCUCAACAACAACAUCAGGAGAGUGGUGGACCUCUACUCUGAUCUUUCGAAUUCUUUCGCCAAGUCUAUGGAUGCUAAUUCCUCUGAAGGGGACUCAAGUGAUGUGAGAUCAGAUGGGCAAGCUGUACGCAAGAGGAUUAGGCCCGGGUAAAGUAAACAAACAAAGCUCAAACUAAUUUUGUGCCUAAUUCUUCUGCCUCUUGGACUUAACUAGCUAGGAGUUGGGAUCUUCUGUCUCCAAAAAAUUUUGUCAUCGUUUCCCAGUUCUAUUCCAGUUGCAGGACGUAGCAAGAAUCUUGAGACAUGGUUUAUGGUCGGGAAUGUAUUGCAGAUAGAUAGUUUUCCGGGUAGAUGACCGCAUGCCUGUGAGGAGGUUGUGCGUGUUUUGGUGUAUUAGUGACAUUUUGGUAGUGAUUCACUUGCUACAAUUUUCUCUCGAGAAAUAAUUUUUCCAAACUUUCAACUCUCUGGCACAUUGUAGCUCUUGUAUAACUGUAGAUCUAAUUGGAAUCAAUUAACCGUGUUUGUGCAAA